GUGCUGUGUCGGGUCUCGCAGGGGUAGAAAUACCAGGCUGAAUGAGAGAUUCAUCAUAUCCAUCAUGGUUUUAUUCAAGAACUUCUAUACUCCACGCGACACUCGCGAGCGGGUCUUCACCGAUAUCCAGAACGUCCUAGAUACUAUCCUUGACAUCUGCACUGCCAACAUGGACUUACUGACCCAAGAGGAGCGAUCGUCUUUGAUGGAUGAAUACGCCAGUCUUGAGGAUGCUUAUGAUCAGCUAGGCAAGGACAAGGGCACAUCUUUUAAUAGCACCUUGCCCGGGCUACUCGACGAGUGCGAGAAGUUGAAGUUGAGGGUACAGAGGGCGUGCAGGAAACGCCGACAAGAUAACAUAAGAAAAGCGCCAGUAGCUCCAGCAGCUAUAGCUACCCCCGAAUCUUUCAAAUCAUCCAUUGCGCUGAUUGAUCCCGACCCAUCUCUCAGGGCCCCAUCCGAAAUUUCCAUUUCAGCCCAGUCUAAUCCCAAUGUUGCCACGACAGGCGGAAACGGCUCGAACCCGAGCACUCCCGGCCUUUUAACAGGUACAAGCAGUUCUGUAGUCUCUGCCAGUAUUCCUGUAGUCCAACAAACAACCUGGAGCACCUCCGCAGCACCCGCGGAGAGAAGUCCACUUGCAUCGCCUGGCGACACAAACUGCAUGAUAUUCGACCAACAAUUGUCUGUCGGGUCACCUACAUUUAACAUUGACUCCGAGGGGGCAACCGGAGCAAGUGAGCUAUAUGGACUGCAGCCGUCCACAAGCGCUCGCCAGCCACAGACAGCUCCCACCAUGAGUCGCGACAAUGUCAUGUAUUUCGGCCCUGGCAUGACAGUGGAUAGCCCGACCUUCAACAUCCGGUCUAAGAAAGCCACUGGCAUCAGUGAGUACACUCUUAAUCGUCAUCAACUGAUGUGACAGAACCGUUGACUGAAGUCACUGAACCAUUCCGUUGAACAAGUUAUUUACAAUACUCACAAGGUUUUCACCUGGGGAUGUGAGCGUAGAGUAUUAUACAAAAUUGUAAAUAGCUGUGCAUAAUGGUAGCAACUUGUAGGUCUAUAUAUUACAUAGAUAGUACAUACAUAUGUGACAUCGAAUGCGUUUCAAAAAGGCUUCUUCUAUUCACUGUGCAGUUGUAUUUGCCAG